AUGGAAGCAAUCACAACAAUCCAUCUCUUUAAGGAAGCUGACUUUGACUGCCUCAUACUCAUACUAGUCUACUGCACACCAUCCAUCCGUGGCAUGGAAGAGACGUUCAUAUGUUAUUAUCCUAUUAUCCGGAUGGAAGACUUGGAAAGAGAUGGAGGUGUUUGUGGGAAAAAAAACAAUAAUUUGCAAUGCUAA